AUGAUUGGUUGGUUGAUGAUGAGUUCAACGAAAAGAAAGAAAAAGGGGACUGGUUACGUUCGAUUUCAUGCAUUCAAGUAUUGCACUAAAGCAACAUUACAACAUAGCGCAUCAUCUCUCACUUCCCAGUUUUCUGCUAAAUUGCACAAUGCGUGCGGUCAUGAUAUCAAACGGCACGUGACUUGUAUUUAUAAAGUGUUGGAAGAAAAGCAAGACGACGAUGACGACGACACAGGAAAUAAAAUUACAAACUAUUUACGGCCCUAUUUGUGUUUCACUGAAUAUUGUCGUAAAAAUUUAUACUCGAUAUCACUUUUUAUGACGCUUUUGCACUCAGUCGAACCAUAA